CAAUGAGCCCUCAAUAGUAUUUAAGGCAGAACAGGCAGGCAGUUCCUUAUACUGAGACUGAAAGCGACUCCUACAGAUCCACCAUGAAGACCGCACUUGCUUUGCUGCUUCUUGCUUUCGUUAGUAGCUGUGCUGUGGAUGCGCUGACGUGUUACAAAUGUACUACUUCUCUCUCCAAUAAUGACUGCAACAAGAAUAACCAGACCUGCACCACUGAAGACACCUGCAUGACCACCGUCAUCACAGCGGUUGGAAUUAGUACCUUCUCUAAACAAUGUACCACAAACAGUGCCUGCAACAGUGCUGCAGCCUCCAGUGUUAGCAUCGGGGUGCUUGGAGGAAAUAAAGUGACGUGCUGCAAUACAGACCUGUGCAACGUGAGCAGCUCCACCACUGCCAGGCUCAAUGUGCUGCUUCUGGGGGCUUCAGCAGCUCUGCUUUUCCUGGUCAGCAGGAUCACAGCGUAAGGGCAGCAGCACCCACCGUUAUUCUUCAUUGCCCUUUGGAAGAGUGUCUGCGUUUUUUCCCUUGCAUGUUGAAGUGUGAUAUUAUGAUACUAUAAACCCCUUUCACUAUGAAAGUGCUGUGCUUUGUGUGGGUGUGUUUCUCUGUUGAUUUCCACAUUGGUACCCUGUAUCUCUCUGCUCUGGCUUUAUAAUGAUGGGUGUCACCAUAUAUGAAGGAGGCACCUGCUAAUGCACAUGGUAAACCAAUCAGUAAUGUAAAGUAAUGUAAAGAAUUGGAUGCAAUAAAAGGAUCAUUUUUCUCUAA